AGACAGAGAGAGAGACAGAGAGAGCGCUAUGCAUGAUGCCAUUGAGACCCCCCUUGGGUGUAAGUGUGAGGAGUGGGACAGUCAGUAACUGAAGGGACAGGAGACAGGGAACUUAUGGCACAAACAUCACAUUGUGUCUAAUGAUAACGACGAGUGACCUUCCCUCAAUGCCACUUCAUUAAUAGUUGUGCGACUCGGCAGAGAGAUGACUAAAUAGUCUGGGCAAUGGCAACGAGACACUGGCCAUGAAUUGACAAUGAGUUUAUCAGGGAGGCCGGACACACACAGCUGGACUUGUCCUUUACUUUGGGCUCAGUUCUGCCCCGUUUUUGGAUAACAAUGGCUUAUCUGUCAGCACCCAAUUAGGAGGUGGAAGGGCAAACCCACUGCUGCCUUCUCCUGCCAGUCUUCAGCUUGCCCAGCUCCAGGCUCAGCUCACUCUGCAGAGGAUAAAAUUGGCACACACUGCGGUGACAAGUAACUCGGCUGCUGCUGCCGCUACGGUCCUCAACCAGGUCCUUUCUAUAGUGGCCAUGUCCCAGCCUCUGUUUAACCCUUUAAGACAUGCAGCAAUGUUUGGAGCACAUAGUCACGCUGGGAUGAACCCUCUUGGUCCUGCCUUGUCUAACGCUAGGCUUCCUCCAAGUGGAUUACCAUUUUCUACCCACAAUUCUCCUCUUCCCCCAAAUCAUGCUCACAAUGUAAACUCCAGGCAAGCUUUUGGAAAGGGUGGUAAUAAGCCUGUGGGUUUUUUCCCAAGGUCCCAGGCGUUUUCUUCAGAUACAGACCCUUCUGGUUACCAUGGCUUAAUGCUGGGAAGCUCAGUUGCCGGAGCAGCUUCUGGUGGUCACCAUGGUCCCAAGCAUGAUCAUCUACCUGGGUUUAAAAAGGACUAUUAUGAUUCCCAUCGACAGUUUCGCCCCCAGAAAGGCCCAAAUAACCAGUGGGAAUCACCUCGCACGUGGCAGUCUCCCAGAUCACAUUAUGAGGGCAGAAAUGAGAUGUACAAUCCAGAGGAACCAACUCAAGACACCAAAUUCAGUCCUUCCAUUUCUCAGACGUUUGUCAGACACAACAAUGGAAACUCUGCUCUGAAAAACCUUCAGCCUCAUGAACUCAAUGACUUUCAUGGCAUUACACCUCAACACCUUCCGCAUAUCUGCACUAUGUGUGAUAAAAAGGUCUUCAAUCUGAAGGAAUGGGAACUACACAUUAAAGGCAGGAUACACAAUCAGAAUGUGAUGAGUUUCUCCGAAACAAUGUGUCUGCAGCCUGUGUCAGCUGGUGGGCCUGUGAGCAGUGACUUCGAUCCUGUUAGUAAUGAAGCUGCUUCUUAUCUUCAUCCUGGACUUGCUUUCUCUGAAUCUUCAGCGGGGGCCAAGAGGACCUGCGCUAAUGGCCAUGUUGUACAUAUAUGUAACAUCCCUGAGGGAAGCUGCAAUGAGAAGGACGUCGUCAACCUGGGACUCCCCUUUGGAAAAGUCACCAACUACAUCCUUAUGAAGUCAACCAAUCAGGCAUUUCUGGAAAUGGCAUAUACAGAGGCAGCAGAAGCCAUGGUACAGUUCUACCAGGAGAAACCUGCAAUGAUCAACGAUGAGAAACUUCUAAUCCGCAUGUCAAAGCGCUACAAGGAACUGCAACUCAAGAAACCAGGGAAAAACGUUGCUGCUGUCAUCUACGACAUCCAUUCACAGAGGGAAAAAGACAUGUUUCGAGACACGGACAGGUAUCAAAAUGAAAGGACAAGAUCUCGUAGCCCAGUGAGUCGCUCUUUGUCCCCGAGGUCCCACACCCCAAGUUUCACUUCAUGCAGUUCCACCCACAGCCCAUUAAGUACAUCAAGAGCACAAUGGGCAAAUGAUAGGGAGGCUUGGGACCAAUCAGCUUAUGGGAGACGAGAAGAAGAGCGAGAGCAGGGUACAUGGAGAGACAGCGGCGAGGAGAAGAGAGACAGGACAGAUCACUGGGUGCACAAUCGCAAACAUUACUCCUGGCAGCUUGACAAGCAAGAGUUGGACGAUCGUAUGGAUGGACCUAGAGGCCACAGGGAGAAAUAUGGAAACUCAUCAUCCAGAUAUAAAAACAGAGAUGGGGAAUAUUAUAGAAAGGAGGCAAAGACAAAGACAGAAGGAAAGCUCCAAGAUCCAGCAGAGAAAUCCAAGAGAAAGGACGAGUCUAAAACUCAAGAGACCAGGGUGAGCAGCGACGACACAAACAAGAAAGAAAUGUGUGAAACAUCACCAAGUCGAGAGGCUGAAGGCAGCAAAGAGAAAGAGGCAAAUAAAAACCAAGCGAAUAGCCCUAACAAGACACAGGAGGAGGGCAAUGCCAAAGAAAAUGCACCCAAUGAAAAGGCUGAACAUAAAGAAGAAACAAUGGACCAUAAUUCUGUAUCACCCAAACAUGCAGAGACAUCGGAGGAACCGCAAGCUGCUAUUAAACAAAACGAGGAAGAGUGGGAAAGUGGCAGUGAGGUGGAAGGUGAACCUUGGUACCCAACAAACAUGGAGGAGCUUGUGACCGUAGAUGAAGUAGGUGAAGAAGAUUCAAUCAUAGAACCUGAUAUCACAGAUCUGGAAGAAAUUGUUCCUGUGCUCCCUAAGGACAAUGGCAGCUGCAUUCAGAUGUGCUCUCAUGGUAUCUGCUCUAUAGAUUUGGAAUGCAGUUGUAGCCGGCUAACUAAAAGUGCUUGUUCAUCUCCUCAUGAAGCCUCUAUAGCCAUGAGCUGUACCUCAAUAAGAGAAUGUGUCAGUCCUCAAAGUAGCUGCUAUGGGCCAGAUAUUCCAGAUGUAAGCCUUAAUCCUGAACAGAAUUCUGAGGAACUGGAGCAACACGGAACUGCAAGAAGCCUCCAUGAGAAGGAAAGUCUAACAGAGAGCUCUAGUAGUCUAAAUAAUUCAACAAACCUCCAAAGCUCUUCCUCUAAAGAGGACAACAAUCUGGAUAAAAGCAUGGACACGUGUACGAGGAUGGACUCUCAAGCGGGUGCUAAUGAUAACAUGAGGCAAGAAGAAAGCUCUGAAAAGAGAGAGAGUGUUUCUGGUCAUUCUGUACCAAAACCUGCCAAAAUCGAGGAAAGUGAAUCAAAGGAAAGACAGUCGUCGCCUUUAUGGGAACCAGAAGAUGUGUUCAGCGAGCUCAGUAUACCUCUAGGUGUGGAAUUUGUGGUGCCAAGAACUGGCUUUUUCUGCAAACUCUGUGGCCUCUUCUACAGCAGCGAGGAAACAGCAAAGACAUCACAUUGUCGCAGCCGUGUGCACUACAGAAACCUAAAGAAUUACUUGUCCAGACUGGCAGAAGGGUGCUCGGGAAAGAAUGAGACGGAGAAUAUGAUUUACCAAGGAGAUGUUGGAAUUGUCACACAGUUUGAGAAGAACAGACCUUAAAGGAGAAACAUGGACAGAUACAUGGACAAUAGUUGACCCAACAUUUACUGACAUAGUUUUAAAGAAGGAAAAGAGUUUGGGAGAGAGGAGGACAAGAUGUCUGUAACUGAGCCAGAUGGGGUGUAUACAGAGGUGUGUGUUAUGGGGGUACAACCAGAGUGUUACCCCAGUCUAAUAGGUACAUGCCACAGUGCAUAGGCUAAAGCAGCAAGACAUUAUACACAAUAAAAAUGUUUAUCUGCCUGGUGAAUAUGAAAGUUACAAACAGUGCUGUAACCAGCCCAACAGCAAAUUAUUUUUCAGGCUCCCAAAAUAUAAGAGGUUGACUUGUUUUACCAAUAUUUUGUGAAAUUGUAGCGGGGUCUGCUUCCUCUAUAGUUACACAUGUUGGGCCGGUGACAAUAAGCAGAUGGAAGACACAUUUAGGAUUCUGUGAAUUACUUUGUGGAGCACAGGGAUUUAUUUCAGUGUAUGUUAUGAAUGCCCCAUAAAUGCCAUGACAGCCCCCUUUCCCAUUGAUGCCUGUCACCCUCCAUAUAUACUGUCAGAUGAUGGACUCUUUCCUCUGAGUCUGGCUCAGCAAUUUGAUAAUGCAAGUCAAGUUUCCCAUUAAAUCAGUAUUUGCUGCAACCCCUGCCUGUAGCUAAAGAUAUAGGAAUACUCUAAGUAUAAAGAGGCCCCUAUAUCUGGCAAAAGAGAUGAUUUCUCACAGUGUAGUUGCAUCUACAGCUUCUAUGGGCCAUUAUCAUAAACUUUCACAACUGCUGCCUUAAAAAGAAACAACUAUAUAUAUUACUGAGAUGGGCAACUUGUGGCUCCCAUGUGUGGUUGAACUACAACCCCCAGAGUCGAGAGAUAUAGAUAGUUAAACAAAAUCUGGGGGACCACAAGGGGUCCACUUCUUGUUUAUAAAGUCUGAAUUCUCAGGGAUAUUUUUGAGUGCACUGUAAGUAAUCAGGGUAAGUUGUAUAAUUACUAGUAACUAGUGCGUGGAAGUGCACUUAAAGUGAUGUAAAGUUAGUAGCAGAUGUUAUAGCGGACAUAUUAGGUAUAUAUAAGUGUUUGUAUCAGUGAGUGAUUAUAUUUAUAGAUAGAUUUCUCAAAAUGACUAAAUAUUAUAGACCCACACCCAGUACAAGAAAAGGUAAAAGGUCUAUAAAAUGAGUGCAUACUAACACACUCACGUUACCAAAGGUAAAUCUAAGUUGUGGGCAGAGGGAAUGGGGGUAAUAAUAGGGGUAAUAGCAGAACCAUAUCACCCACUGAUGAAAGGCUUUUGUAUUAAUAUAUAUGUAAAAUAUAGUAUAUAUGUUUGUUCUGCACACACACACAAGUAAGGCUUUACAGUUUGUGAGGAUUGAAGGAGAGCGAUCCAACACUGGAUACGUGAGCGCACCUCAGCGGGCCGCGUGGCAGGUGUAACCGCUAGAUCCGCUCUGGCCGCGGCAGACAACAAUCCAAUAAGAUAUGGUUGCGGACACCUCCAAAUAGUAUAAACACGUGCGAACCGAAAUGUUUAAAAACGAUCCAUCUUUAUUGAAUAAGUUAAAAAGUAGCGGGCAGGGGAAAAGGGAAAACAGGCUCAACGCGUUUCGUGACGCUAAGUCACUUCAUCAGAAGCAUGAAUGCCCCCUGCUGGAACCUCACUAAAAUAGCGUUCACAAUUAGGAACAUGUGUUAAAAGUCACGAAACUAGUAUACCCUGUGUUCAAGUAAUAGUAAAGGCAUGUGAUGCCAAAAAUAUCAAAGAAUAUAUAUAUAUGCAUAACACAGAUCUCAUUAUAAUAUAAACAGUUUACAGUU